AGUAAUCGGGGAAGUACCCACUUUUAUUGCACAAAGUAUACAGAAUGAGAUCAUAAUGCCGUCUCGCCAUAGCCAAGUCAGUCGGUUUUCGAGUCUCUAGCUGUCGAGUCCAAGCGAGCGGAAUAAGUAUGAGCGAAUCGCCUAUAAAAAGCUCUUCCUCGAGUGCAAAAAAGUGCAAAAUCAGUGAAAAUAAUGCGGAAGAUUCAGCUGGGCAUGCUUCAAGCUCCCAGAGAGUUUCAUCCAAAGCCUCGUCCAAUAUUUUAAUCCUGAACAACGAUUGCUUAGAAAGAAUAUUUUCACUUCUAAGCGUAAAAGAUCAGUUGAAUUUGGCGCGUUCCAAUCGGGAAAUAGAACGCAAGUACAGGAACUACGCCCAGCGGAAGUACAAACACCUCACUAAAUCCAUCACCACCACCCUCGCGGAUUCUGAUCUGGAAUAUCUAGUGGAACAAGUCAACGAGCAUGUGAUCAGCUAUGAGUCACCACUGGAUCCCUCCUCCACAGCCGAGGAGCAGUUGUGGUUACUAAGAAUGCACUGCCCUGUGCUGCGGCGCCUCACGAUGACUUUCAGGCGACCCCGAUGGCCGGACUUGAACCAAUUGAAGAAUAUAAACACUCUUCAUGCCUUGGUAAGGUUUAGUAGCAAUGAUGUCUAUGAGAAGUUCUUCUUCAAUCUAUCAGAAAAUCUACCGAGCCUGAGAAAGCUAGUCUUGGAAGCUCCCGGGUACAAUGGGAAAGGACUCCACGUGCUGGAGAAACUACAGCAUCUAGAGAUAGAUGGCAUUUCCGAAUUCGAGGCCAAAUACCUUACCGAUUGUUGCUUGAAGAUGAAAAAUCUGAACUUUCUUAAAAUUGGAAUAGUGACCAAAAACCUAAGCAACGAAACCUUCUCCGCGAUUGUCACGAACUGCCGGAACUUGGAAACGCUAGACUUUCCCGAUCACGAACUUCCCGAUUAUGUAGCAUUCGAAAGGGUUUGUGAGCUGCCCCGCCUGAAGCACAUAAUAAUUCCCUUUGCGCGUCUUCAAAGACCGGGUUUCAUCGAGGGACUUGUACGUAGGACAGGCACUCCUCUAGAGAGUCUUAUUCUGUUUGGAACGCAUCUGUUUAAGGAGCAGAUAGAGCAUAUCUGUGAUAUUACCUCCCUCAGAGAACUCUGGCUAGGCAGCAAAGACGACGAUUUCAGUGUCAAAUGCUUCAUGAAGCUAAAAUCUAUUGAAUACCUACAUGUGGGUAUGCCAGCCAUUACUAAUAAGCACUUGUUGGAACUGCUGCUUGGAUGCCCACGCCUACGGGUCUUGAAUGUGGUAUAUUCUUGCCCGAAUAUUACUUCCGAUUUUAUUUCUUUACUAAAUCGUUCUUCGAAGAAGAUUACGGAAACCAAUCGUGAAACAAUUUCCAUAUAUUUAGAGGACUCUCGUGUGGAUUGGAAAGGAAACUCUAGCUUUCAACUCGACAACAUUCAAAUCAUAAAAGGCCGUCUAGAGGAAGCUCCUAUUUUAAUGAAAAAGGAGCUCAAUGUUGAAUAAGAAUUAUUCCGACUCCUAGCUUUUAAUAUCAGUCAGCAUUUAUUCAUUUAUACUUGUAGCGAGCCCGUCUCACAGUGAAUUAUUUACUGAAAAUUAUUAAAUAAAAAUGAAAAGUAGUUUCCCGA